AUGCUAUCACCGACAACCAGCAACACGCAACUACCAAUGCCACUACCACCAAUCAUCACCACCCUGCCGGAUCCUGACCCCAAAGUGACGGAACCGUUCGACCAUCGCAAACAACUCAACAAGUAUGUCAAAGAGUUCGCACCCCAACAUGGGUAUGGCAUCAUCAUCGGUCACUCUGGACGAGACCCGCACCUCUACUGCAAAUACCAGUGUCAUUGCAGUGGCAAACCCGCAAAGCCAAAGGUCAAGCCAGGUGCCGACCAAGCCAGUAAAACCGAGACUGAACCACCCAAGAAGAGCCGAUCCAUCAAGAUUGAAUGUCCCUUUGAGAUGAAGGCUUGUUUUGACCACGAAAAACGAACAUGGACUCUCCAUCACAAGAUUUCACAUCACAAUCAUGAGCCAAUGGAGAUGGUGAUUCCGCUCCUUACAACCAGCAUUCCAACGACCUCAACGAUACCAACUACCCAACAACCACAAGGUCCAGAAGCGAGUCCCGAGAUCAACCAAAAGCACCCACAGACCACCAUCCAAUCACAACUCCUAUCCAUCAACAACCGAAUACUUACUUUGGAGCCACAUCAACAAGAUGAGCUGGUCAAAUCGAUUCACAAACUACUCGAUUUGGUAUUAUGUAGUUCACCUGAAGGCAAGAUACCAAACGAUAUCUGUAGGCCAAACCACGUCAGUCUGUCUUAA